GGGGGAGUCGCAGCAGCCCUAACAGGGAGUCAACUCAGCAAGAAACUUCCUCAGGAAGGCUCGGCGGCGGCUUCUGCGGCCACUCUUUCGUCUCCUCCUGCCUAACAGCGCACGAGGCAGCUCCACGCACAGGGCAGGAGGGUGCACCUCCCAUGAGCACAGUUGCUAUAGUGGUUCUUUUUGCCUCCGCACGCAGGUCGGAGGCAUAGAAAAGAGACCCAGAAAGAGGCACCCUUCUGCACCGCGCGCUCCGGCAGCCCAUUCGAAGCUGACACCAGAGACGCACCGGGGUGGGCUUCUUAAGCCGGUGGCUCAGGAGGCUUCCUCAAGGGCCAGCCGCAGUCCGUCCCGCUUCCUUUUCCUUAAAAACCACGGCCCUCGGCAACAGGUUCUUGUUAGAGAAGAAAGGCAGGCAUGGAAUUGAGUGUCGGAAGUGUAAUUGCUUAUAUAAGCUCUUCAAGCUCUGCAUCUAGCCCGGCUUCCUGUCACAGUGAAGGCUCAGACAACAGUUUUCAGUCCUCUUCUUCCCCUGUGCCACCAUCACCAAACAGUUCCUCCUCUGAAGGAAGCUGCAGUAGCAAGAGUAAAGAGCACAUUGAUGGAAGACCAAACAGUGAACAGUUUGAGAAUCACACUAAGGGAAAUCAAUUGAGUGGUGCCUCAGCAGCAAAAAGUCAUAAUGGAUUUGCAAAAUUUAAUGGCAUGGUCUUGCUGUGUAAAGUCUGUGGAGAUGUUGCUUCAGGAUUUCACUAUGGGGUCCAUGCCUGUGAAGGCUGCAAGGGUUUCUUUAGGAGAAGCAUUCAGCAAAAUAUUCAAUAUAAGAAGUGCCUGAAGAAUAACAACUGCUCUAUAAUGAGAAUGAAUAGAAACAGGUGUCAGCAGUGCCGAUUCAAAAAAUGCUUGUCAGUAGGAAUGUCAAGAGAUGCUGUUCGAUUUGGCCGAAUUCCUAAACGAGAAAAGCAGAGGAUGAUAAUUGAAAUGCAAAGUGCGAUGAAAACCAUGAUGAAUACGCAGUUCAGUGAUCACUUGUCCAGUGAAACAUUAAAAGAUAGCCAGGAAGCAUUGCUCUUAGUGCCUCAGGAACAGCUGAACUCCAAACUAAAGCAAGAAGAAGUAACUGCCAAAAGGCCCUCUUCUUCUCCCCUUCCUCCUCCACUAUGUCCUGCUUUACCUCUGCCCUCUGACAUUGCCAAGGAAGAAGUGAUUGGCAUGGUGACUAGUGCUCACAAAGAUACGUUUAUGUGCAAUCAGGAACAACCAGAAGAUCGUACCACUGUUUUGCAGCCUCCAAAUGGGGGAAAAAAUCUUAAAUACCUGGAUCAAUACAAUUCUGAUGGUGAAGCUGAUCAUGGUAGCAUAAGCAGUGUGCUUCAAAAUGGGAAUGUUAAACAUUUCAAUGGACAGUAUAAAGGGCAAAACAAUAUGCACCAUCCAAGUGGGUAUAAUCUUUGCUUCCAUUCUAUGAACUUCACCAAUGGCUUUACCACAAAAGGGUAUAAUAAAAUGCUCAAAAAUGGCUUUUCUUCCAUUGAAUCUCUGAAUGCGUAUUCCUGCAGCACUGGAGGCAGAAUGCAUCUGGUUUGCCCAAUGAACAAGACUCCUUUUGUGGAUCCAAAUAAGUCUGGUCAGGAAGUCUGGGAAGAAUUUUCCAUGAGCUUUACCCCCGCAGUAAAGGAAGUAGUGGAAUUUGCCAAGCGUGUUCCUGGUUUCCGAGAUCUUUCCCAACAUGACCAAGUAAACCUUCUGAAGGCUGGAACCUUUGAGGUAUUAAUGGUACGGUUUGCAUCUCUAUUUGAUGCAAAAGAUCGUACUGUCACUUUUCUUAGUGGAAAGAAGUACAGUUUGGAUGAUUUACGUACCAUGGGAGCUGGUGAUCUGCUGAACUCCAUGUUUGAGUUUAGUGAGAAGCUAAAUGCACUCAACCUUAGUGAUGAAGAAAUGAGUUUGUUUACAGCGGUGGUCCUUGUAUCUGCUGAACGAUCAGGAAUAGAGAAUGUUAAUUCUGUGGAAGCACUGCAAGAAACAUUGAUCCGGGCACUCAGGACUUUGAUCACAAAAAAUCAUCCAAAUGAAGCCUCUAUAUUUACAAAACUACUUUUGAAACUGCCCGAUCUGCGUUCCUUAAAUAACAUGCACUCUGAAGAACUUCUAGCCUUUAAAGUUCAUCCAUAGGCUUUUACCUCCUACUUAUAUACUUGAUUUACCUAAAAUUAAUUGUUUUUAUUUUGUGCUAAAAUGUUUGUUUAUAUUUGGACAUGCUUCUGUGAAGGAUUUGUAUAAUAGUGAAAUGAUCUCUUACCAUGUAGUAAAUGCUUCAGGUUGAUCCUUAUUUCACCACUGAUGAAAUGGCCACAGAUUUCUUCUUCAUUAUCCAAAAAAGUCCCUCUUGCACAAAAGCUGAAGAAAUUACACUAAAUAUUAUAGAUGCUGACUUCUAAGAAUACCCAGUGGCUACAAAUGGAAAGCAGCACUUUGAAUAAAUGAAGCAAUAUUACAUUGGCCCAACUCAUCCUUAAGUAGAACCUUGCUAUAUGAGGAAGUUUUUAAAAACUGUUUUUGAUUACACUAUGAAUAGUUUAUAAAAGAAUCAGUGUAUAUUAAUUUAUUCACUUUAGUAUAAAACUAUACAUUCAUCCGUGUACAUGUUGAUGUGUGCAUAUGCACACACAUAAGCAUAAAUAUGAACAGAUGGAUGUAUUAUUACUUUAUAAAUUUCAUGUACGUACAUAAUUAUAUAAGUAUGUGAAUAUAAACAAACUUCAUAAUAUUUUCAACUAUGAAGAAUUUAAAGAAGGAUUAUCCAUAUGAAUGCAUUUGGUUCUAUACAGUUGAAAUAAGUAUAUUAAAAGUGUAGAGACUCCCAAAUUAGUAUGUUAAUAUGCUGAAUUUGUUAAUUUUCAACAUUUAAAACAAUAUAAGUAAAGAGAUAAAUAGGUCAAAUUUAAACAUUAUUGAGAACAUAGGGAUUUUUCCUAAAAUACAUUUGCCUUUAAUUGUAUGCAUCUAUAGUAGUAGGCAUUUAAAAUUGGCCUUGCUAGUUUUUUCUGUAAAGUUUCCAUGGAGAAUCAUGAAAAGUGUCAAGAAAACUGUUUUACCUUCAUUGCAUAUUGGGUAUUCUGUGAAUCAUUUAUGCUACAUAUUAUAUGCAAAGUUGAAUGCUACAUAAUCAGUCUUGUAACAUGAAUGGGACUUUUAAAGUCAGUUUUCUUAUAUCUCCAAAGUUUUUUUCAAAACUGAUCUAGGUUGUCUGAUGUCUGUGAAGUUCUGUUAAUUUCAUGAUUUUUAAAAUGCCAGUGACAAAUUCCUAAGGCAAGGAUUUGCUGUAUUUUCUGUUGCAUUUUUCAAAUUAAUGUAUUAAUUGCUUCAUGCUGUUGACAGCAUGAAAAUAUUUUAGUUGGAGAUUUUCCAAAAUAUGACUUUUGAAAAUACAUUGAUAUUUCAUAUAGUUAUUUAGUACUUAACAUAUUUCAAACUUUCCAUAACUUUAUGUGAAAAACUAUAAUAUUAUAGUUGAUACAUAAUUUUUUAGACUAAUGCACCACUAAGUGUAAAAAAUAUUUGUUUGCAAGCUUAUUAUAUAGCAUUAUUAUUUCAUUUAAAUUAAUUUCUGUGACCAUCAAACCCCUAUUUUUAAAAAAAUUCAAGCAACUAUUGGGAUGUAGUUUUACUGUAAUAAUUGGUUCACAUGAAAAAAAAGCGCAACUGCAAGUUAUAGUUUUUUGGGGGGUACUUAUUUUUGAAAAUAGUUACUAAAUAUCAAAAAUUCAAAGAUAAGAUAGUGAUUUCCCAUCAAUUUUUUUUUAAAAAUAGAAGCAAAUUACUAGAUUUCUCACAUGCAAUGUUUUUCUCUGGAAGGAAAGUGUUGAUUGAACUUUUGUGAACAAUUGCUUAUGUUUCAAAAAAUCAAUUCGCCAAAUACAUAUGUAGGUUAGAAAAAUACCUUAUAAAAUAAACUUGUACAAUUUCAAAUUAAGCUUGAUCUUAUUCACUGAAGAAAAAACCUUUCUGUUUCUCUAGAAAUAAGAUGUAGAUUUAAAUUCAUCUUUUGUCUGAAGUCAGGAACUUUAAGCGCAGUACUUAUAUUAUGCUAUAAAAUUAAAACUCUGACCUCCACUCUUCCUUUGUCUUGACAGUAUAAUAUGAACAACUCUCUGGAGACUCCCAAUCAUGGUCAUGUGUGUCCCAAAGAUGCUUUUUCAAAAAAGGAACUGGAUUUUCUUGCCUUUUCUCCCCCUGAAAAUAUCCAAGAAGCUGAAGAACUAAAGAAGCUUCUUGGACGAGAAGUGAAAAUUUACAAGAAAAAAAAGGAAGUCAAGUUGCCUUUUGUAAAAGGACCUUUGGGACAAUGGGAACAGAUUUGCAGUGGCUUUUAUCAAUAUUCAUACAAUAAUAAAAAUGAACAUGGUGAUAAGCCAUUGCAUAAUUGCCCCUGACUUUUGCCAAAUACUAUGUGCAGAUGGAGGAACAGUCCUUAUGUCAAAUGUGACCUAAGGUUUAAGCUUUUGAAUUUCAGCUAAAGAAGCUGCGGAAUGUGAACUCUGCUUUACUGUGGUCAUGGGUUAUAUGCUUCUUAAAAUACUAAGAAAUACAUCCAACUUUUGAAUAUUGUUGAUGGGCAUUGCUGAGGGAAUACAAAAAUGUACUGUAUGAGAUGAUGUGAUUUUUUAAUGGCUUUACUUGUUUAAAAAUGUUAAAUAUGGGCAUUAUGAUGCAAAGCAGUUUUCUUAUGAUUGUGUGUCCUCAUUUUCAAAAUUAAAACUGAAACCUGAAGAAGGGAGAUCCCA